AUGGAGGGAGUUAAUGAAACAUACAUAACACUUGAAGGACAUGUAGAAUUACAUAAAUACAAAUAUAUUUAUUUUUCAUUCAUGCUGACAGCAUAUGUUUGUAUUGUUAUCUGUAAUUUGACCAUUGUUUAUGUUAUAUGGAUGAACAAAAUCCUCCAUGAGCCUAUGUACAUUUUCAUUGGAGCUUUGCUUUUGAACUCUCUUCUUUUCAGCACUAAUAUAUAUCCAAAACUACUUUCAGACUUUCUAUCUGAGAAACAGAUUGUAUCAUAUUCAGCUUGUUAUUUGCAAUUUUUUCUUCUUUAUUCUUUGAGUGGCUCAGAGUUUUUGUUGCUGGCAGUUAUGGCCUAUGAUCGUUAUGUAUCUAUAUGUAAACCUUUACAAUAUGCAACUGUAAUGGGACGAAAAACUGUAAGUAUUUUUCUGAGUUUAGCUUGGCUUGUGCCUGCAGUUGUAAUUGCAGUGCAGGUAAUACUGAGCUAUAAUAUGAAGCUCUGUAAAUUGAAUAUUAAUGGAAUUUUUUGCAACAACUCAAUUUAUAGCGUCCACUGUUUAAAUUUAAAGGUUCACAUUAUAUUUGGUGCUGUUGCGUUGGUUAUGAUUGCAUUCUUCCCUCUGCUGUUCAUCGUUUUUACUUACACAAGAAUACUAAUAAUAACAUAUCGCAGUUCAAAAGAGGUCAGAAAGAAAGCUGCUCAGACAUGCUUGCCCCACUUGCUAGUUCUGAUAAGCUACUCCUGUUUCUGUUCAUUUGAUGUAAUCAUAGCCCGACUGGGUUCCAACUUCACAAAGGUUGUCCGGUUAAUAGUGACUCUACAGGCAGUUCUGUAUCAUCCUCUGUUUAAUCCGAUCAUAUAUGGUUUAAAAAUGAAGGAAAUAUCCAAGCAGCUGAAAAGGCUGUUUAAAGCUAAAGCAAUUUGUUUGGGAAGCUGA